CUCAGCGUUCAGCUGAAAUGCCGGUGCUGUGAGGCUCCCGGUGCUCCGCUCUUCUCUCAGACUGUCAGUCUGGUCUCAGACAGUCUGGUUCCAGCUUGGGACCAGCGGAGUCCGAUCCGUGACCUUGUGUUAGAGGACUGCACGGUGUUUCUCCUGCACCAUGGAUUUAUUUCUCACUGCAGUGCCCAGCACUGCACUGACAGACCGGCUGAAUGAGGUGGAAGUUGGACAGGGGUACAAGACGCAGGACCGAGACUGACAGGAGGAACAGAAGCCUGAUAUAAUGGCCAGGGUGACCUACAUACCACAGGGCUUAAUGGACAUGUCUCCGGGACGUCUAUGCCGUUUAGACACAUCAGACUGAUGCACUGCUCAGCCCUGUCAAACAGUGAGGAGGGACCUUCACCUCAUGCUGCACAACUAUGCAUAACAAGACACACGAAUGUACAAAUAAUUCAACCAGGAGCAGAAGUUCCACUUAAAAGAAUACGAGCUGCACGCUGACCUUGGGACUAAACACAUAUGCUGCUUUCUGGAUGAGCUAAUGGUCCUGAGGCCUGCGCUGAAAGCUGGAAUCAAUCAGGAGCUGGGCUGAGUGGUUCAUUGGAUUCUGGACACCCUUAUUCACUCAUAAAUAACAAACUGUAUGGCAGCGAUCACCAUGCUGUGAUCGGCCACUUACUACAACCCCAGAUCCAUGUUUUUAGGAGGCACCAGUCAUCUGUCAUCAUCAUGCUUCUGAACUGUGGUCAGCCGUCGGCUCUUCUGAGUCACACAGAUGUGCCGCCUCGAGUCACAGAGAACUUCAUCCUGAGCGGCUACCGCUUCCCGAACUACAGCCUAAGGGACUGCUUAUGGUCGGCAUUCAGGCCCACGAAUGAAACGGGCAACUUCUGGACGCACUUCCUCCCCCUUUUCAUUUUUGCUUAUUAUUUCGUGGAGGUGUUUGGUUGGGAUGGAGCACCUGAUGCGGACUCCCCGUUCUUUUAUCCACUGUGGACCUACUUCAUCGGGGUGUUCUGUCUGCUGAUGGCUAGCAGCAUGGCCCACCUGCUGAACUCAAUGUCUCUGGUAGUAAGAGAGGUUUGCUUCUUUGUAGAUUACGGCACAAUCAGUGCCUACACAGUUGGUUCAUCACUGGCGUACUACUACUACAUCCAUCCUCAGGCAGGGAUUGUGGACAAAGAAAACAACAGUGUCUCCCAGUUAGGCUUGAACCCUGAGCAUGAGAGCRUUCGUAUAUCUGACCGGUUCUUUCAGACCUUUUACAUCCCGUGUGCGUGUGUUAUAGCUAUCAUUUGUGUCUUAUCGUGCUGCAAUACUCGCCAGAGGUGGAGGGAGCAUCGCUACAUCAUACGAACCCUGGUUUUUCUCCUCCCAUUCCUCAUCUCUUCCACUCCAGUUUUCUACCGCCUCAUUACCAGGUCUCCGUACUCCAACACAUCAUCCUCCUUUGCUGUUUCCACCACAAUGCCAAGCUUUUUCUUUCGCCACUCUGUCUGGUUGCUGGUGUCUGCCCUAUUCAACAUCAGUAAAAUCCCUGAGCGGCUAGCCCCAGGUCGCUUUGACAUCUGGGGCCACAGCCACCAGUGGUUCCAUUGCUGCACGUUUUUAUCCAUCCUUGACGAACUCCACAUGAUCCAAGCUGAGGUGAGGGCUAUCCUUCUUAAUCCUGACUUGCUCUUGCCCCCCACCCCCUUCUCCCGCCUCCCUGGACCUACCGUUACUUCCACCUACGGAGUGAUGCUCCUCCUGCAGACAACCAUCAUCUCCAUCAUCAUGUGGUUCUCCUGGCAAGCUAACUGUAUCUAUGGGCCCCAGAGAGACCAGACUGAGAAGGAGCACCCAAUUGAACACAUAAAAAAACAAUAAUCAGAGAAUUUCUUUCCUCAAUCAUCAUGACUGUGAAGAACAAUUUGCCACAAUAGGAAGGAAGCGCACAUGAACAUUUUUACCGCUUGGAUUCCACAUCUGAUAUGUUUUAACCACAUUUAUUGAGUGUCCAUACAAAGAUACAGUAUUUGUGACAGGAGGAGAUGAAAAUCUAUUUUGGAGUCACGACCUGGGGACUGUCUGGUUGAGUGGAUGCUGAGAGUCCUUGCCAGGUUUUUGUUUUCCCCAGAGUUGCUCCAACAUGUUCCAACAGGAUGUCUGACUCAGGGGGAUAAUAACUACCUCUCCUGGAUCUACAUUUUACAACAGAGAAUAGGCUGGGUACCCACAGGAAUAACCUUAUACAACCAUUAUAACCUUUCUGUGAUGGGAUUUAAAAAUCCCCGAGCCCGUCAGUGGACCUCUCUCCUAAAUGCUCCCUGGUUAUACUUAUUCACUCUGACGUUUUUCUUUUUAAACAUCUGUCGCUCUGACCCAUUGUUUUAAGCUGCAUUAAUCCCUCAUAACGACCUAUGUUAACAUACUUUGUCUUGCUCUGACAUCUGUAACAGUCCCAGGCAGUCUAAUUUCCUCUUUCUCGAGCCCUGCAGCAGAAACUGGGGCUGGCCUUAUAAACAACAGCAAAGGCAGCUGAAAAGUCAUACAAGUCUUAUAGAUGAGCACUUUCAGAGGGCCAGUCAGACUAGCCCUGUCAUUAAAAGCCAUGCUAACUUUCAAAUCUAAAAGAUGUUUUAUAUUUGUAAUCCUGUUGUGAUGUCCUUCUGAAAGGUUUUGGGCUUAUUUAGAUGUGAGACAUCAUCAUGGUGCUUUGAAUGCAUCUGCUGCUAGUGUGGUUUUCUACACUCAGGAGUUGUACCACACAGAUAAUGUUCACACUGCUUAAAGCAGCUGUGGUUGAAAAUGUGAUGUCAGCUUGAUCAGCAGAAAAGGCCAACUGUGGCUUUCUGCUGUACAGAGAAAUGGCAUGUUUUAUCUUUUUUAUUUUUGCUAAAAGCAGAUCUAUCAUUGAAAAAAACUAAAGUCUGAGCAGGAGUGUCAGUAUGACAGCCUGCAAUGUGCACAAAGGUAAAACUAGGACAAUGAAAUGACUAUUCUCUACUGUUGUGUCAUGUGAUUUACACCAACUUCCCUAAACAAAAUGGAAAAUGGAAAAAAGUUAAAAUGUCCAUAUUUUCGUCAGGCCCCAUUCAUAUUGGAUGAUAACCUCACUAAAAAACAGCCAGACGUGGAUGCUGUUCAGGGUUUGGAGGAUUUUUUAAGACAGAGAGCUCCCCCACAUUUGCAAUAGUUUUAAGUUCAUAUACAUAUAAAAUUGUACAGACUGUAAAGUACACGGAUUUCCCCCCAUUUGCAGGAAUACAGAUGCAUGGCGCUUAUUUUCCAAUUUUGCCACAAUCUAACAGGUUGUGUUGGCUGCAGUGGGGUCAUCAUCCAGUAUGAAGCUGUCUGAACAGUAACCUGACUCUGAUGCUAACUGAUGGGCUACAUAAUUUAAUCAUUGUCUCUGUAUUAAAGACAUACAGAGCCUGGCCAAAAAAAGUUGCCACCAAAAAAUUUCGUUGGACUGCCUUUAGCUUUGAUUAUGGCAGACAUUCACUGUGGCAUUGUUUGGAUAACCUUCCAAGACCUGAACAAUUGCAGCAGCCUCAGAUCAUAGCACUGCCCCCACAGGCUGUACAGUAGCACUAUGAUGGGUGCUUCCUCCAAGACGAAGGGUUCCCACUAUCCUUCCAGUUUUUAAUAAUGUGUUCGACUGUUCUUAACCCAAUUUUAGUAGUUUCUGCAAUCUCUUUAGAUGUUUUCUCUGCUUGAUGCCAAUGAUUUGAUCCUUCUCAAACAGACUGACAUCUUUUCCAAGACCACAGGAUGGGUCUUUCCACAAGGUUGUUUAAGAAAUGAGAAGCAACUCAUAGCACCAGUUGGUGCAACUCAUUGCAAAAAGGUAUUUAAAUACCUUGUUGCAGCUGAAAGAUAAUUGCCCAUGCUGUAAUUAUCAAACAGGAGGCCCAUACCUAUUUGCUUAGUUAAAUCCAGGUGGCCACUUUUUUUUGGCCAGGCAGGUCACGGUGUGCUCAACCAAAUGGAAUAUUCCACUUUGUCUUGUCUAUAUAGGGAAAUGAAGACAAUUGUUUUAUUACCUGUUCAACUAUAUCAGAGGUAAUAGUGACAUGUUGGUUGCUGAUCUUCAGAUUCAUAUUGUUUCAGAAGAAUGGAUGUUUACCUCCAUGACUUGAACAUAACAGUGAUAAUAUCUGAUGUUGUGGUAUUAUCCAGUGAUAUUCUGAGUUUAAAAGCUUAUUAUAAACUGUACGGCACAAGACUUGGUCUCAUUACUGCUACUGUCAGAUCACAUCUGACAAUCGUUUUGUUUUAACACUGUCAGGUCUUGUUUUGUUGGAUAAAGACCACAUUUGGUUGUGGUCAUUAUAAAUUAGUUUAAAUUUAUGUUUUGUCACUCAGGUAGAAUAAAGGUGCAAUUAAAGGAGCUGGAAAAGAGUGACUCAAUAAUGUUAGCUUUGCUAGCUAGCAGUGAGCUGUAGAGGUGCGAAGGUACAUUUAGUUUUUAAAAAAACAUUCAGUAGCCCUAAAUGUUACAAUGAGAUAAAACAGCUGUUAUAAAAGAAUUAAAAUAAGAUAAUGACUGAUGAAGCUCCUUAGAAAUGGCUUAUUUCCAAUGUUUGUUCAGUUAAACCAACAAAAGUUAUGGUCACAUUACUCUGAAACAUUUCUUUUUUUGGGUCAAAAGCUGAAAAGCUCUGGAACCUAAACUCUGCAGAACAAAGAAAAAUUAUCUGAAUCCUGAGCUCCAAAUAUUGGAUUAAAAAUGGAUUAAAAUACAAAAACAUUUGAUUGUUGUUGAAGAAAGCAUGUAAAAUCUUACAUCUGAACAAAACACUGUUUUUUUUAACACAAUGUCCAUCUAAACAUUCAUUUUUUCACCCUUUUAAAGGGAAACUUUAAUUUUAGAAUUCUUGCUUUGUCUAAUACUAAUACCUUAUCAGUUGUGACAUCAGUGUCAGAGAAAGUACUGUAAGAAAAAAAGGACAAAAGUCUUCUGGACUAGGCCAAAGACUAGCCAAAMCUGGGCCUGUUCAUUAUUUAAAACAGGGCCAUGGUUUGGCUAGCCUUUAACCUAAUCUGAACUAAGACUUCUGCUUUCUCUGUGCUACAAGUCAAAGCUGAUAAAAAACUAACUACUGGACUUUAUUUUAAAAUGACCAGAGUAUCCCUUUAACCUGUUGAUUAUGUGAUGAACAACAAUCAAAUUCCCCGUUUUUUCACCACAACUGAGUUUUGAAGAGUUUCUCUCUGAAAAUGAACGUAACUGUUGAAGUGGAUGAAGAUGAAAUAUUUUUUGUUGUAUUUUUUUUGUAGAUCACAUUAGCAAUAUGUUAGCGUGUAGUUGAUGUCUAACUUUAGAACUUCUGAACUGAAAUCUGCACAUGUGAUGACUUGCACACAAGUAAAUGAUUGGAUGGUAAUUUCUGAUUGGUGACUUCUAACAGAAGGAUGUAUUGAAUGGUUUGUGAUAAAUGUUAUUAUGGUGCACUUUAAAGCUUCUGCAAAGCUCCUAGAAUAAGUUUUCUUAUUUUAAUGCCACGUUUGCACAUGUGUUCAUAUAUAAUCCAUCUGCUGGUCCAAUUGUUUUAAUGAAAAGCCAUAAAGUUCCCACAAAUGA